AUGAAAAAGUGUGAACAUAUAGGAUCAAACUGUGUUAUAUCAACGGACAACUCUGAUAUCAAUAACAGAAGUGUUGUGAUCUUCACACAUUCGUCACUACCAAGUUCUCCUCCCCUGAAGAAUAAAUUCCAGAUAUGGAUGUUUAAUACUCUGGAAAACAAAGCUUUUACACAUCGGCCAAAUACCGCUUGGAAAAAUCAAUUUGAAUGGAUCAUGUCUUAUCGAAGAGAUACCGACGUUCAACGACCGUAUGGUAAAAUCAUAAGACUGGACAAAAGUUUGGAAAAAAAAUAUUCUGAGAAUUUUCGACAAAAAACGAUAUUCGGUGUCUUGAUGUCGGGUCACUGCCCUGUUCCAUCUCGUCGUAAAGAAUACAUUGAACAGUUGCAGAAGUACAUGCCAAUUGACACGUUUGGAUCAUGUGGGAAGAAAAAGUGUGGGAUUCGAACCAAUUUGAAGAAUGAUUGUUUAACGAAUCUUGCUAGGGAAUAUAAAUUUUAUUUUUCCUUCGAGAAUAACAUCUGUAAGGAUUACUCUACAGAAAAGGUGUUCAACUUGUAUAAAAAUGAUUUCAACCUUAGCAUCAUACCGGUUGUAAAUGGUCCUCCCCAGGCAAGUGAAUAUUUACCUACGGGAACGUUUUUAAGCACGUUAAAUUAUACUUCUCCAGAGGUGUUGGCAAAAAAGCUUAAAGAAAUUGGAUCAAGUGAAAUAUUAUAUACUAAUUACCUGAAAGAAAAAGAUAAAUACAAUUCAUUAGAUGAACCUGAGAUUUUUCGAGAAGCGAUAUGUAAUGUUUGUCAGAAACUAGAUAAUAUGGAAGGGGACAAAAUUUUGCCAAAAGCGGAUGUGAUGGACAUGUUUAAAAAUGAUUGUUGACAUAAAUUCUCUGUAAAUACCAAAAAUACGUGGCCACGCACUAUCACGAAAUUGAAUUUUAUCUCUCUGACUUGAAAGAAUGUUCUAUAUGAAUACUUUCUGUGGGUAUAUUUUUGACAGUUUUCAUAGCAAUGACAUUGAAACAUUUAACUACUGGCCAAAAUGACAUAAGGAGUAUCAUUAUAUAAAUAACUCGUAAACUCCCUAAAUACAGUAAGGUUUGAUCAUGACAUUGGUUUAAUUUUAUAAACAAGUAAUCAAUGUACCUGUAAACAUAAACUGAUUUCAGUGAAAUGUACAGAUAACAAUACCAUGGGUUUGUGUUUCAUAGAUUUAGCUUAUAAGAUAGUGAAAAACAGGCACAUUAAAUGAUAUCAAUUUAAUUUUUAGCAGGCAAUUGAAAGCUGGAAUAAACAAUUUUUUAAAACGAUAAGGCCUUAGUCUAAUAGAUACAACCAAAAUUGGCUUGGGUAAUAUUCACUGGCUUUCACAUACAACUAUUUGAAGUUAUCGCUUUUCCACAAAAUCCAACCUAAAGGUACUUCCCUUUGUUGACUCUUCUGUAUUGAAGUACGAAAAAGACGCCACAACAACAUGGCAAAAGCAGACGUUGGAAAAACAGAUCAAAUGGGGUGGAAAAGGCAUGCGAUUUAUGUUUUAGUGUAUUUAGAGUAAUUUUAAGUCUCCAAUGAAUUGGUGAAUAUGAAAUCCCUUACCAAAAUGAAUUGUUUGCGGGCCAACUGAUUAGUUUACCAGAAAACUUUAGAACUUGUUUGCCGAUCUCUGCCAGUAGUAGCAAUCUUCUGGUAAACCUCUUUUAUUUUGCCAGAAGUUUACCAGACACCCAAUUAUGUUUGCAGCUUUAUCGCCAGAAGUGACAAACUUUUGGCAAACUCCUAAAAAUUUGCCAGAAGUUUACCACAAACAUUUUCUUCUUUUUUCUUUGGUUUUUUUUAACUUUCUGAGCUUGCCAAAGCUUUACCAGAAAUAAGACUUAUACAAUUUCAUAAACAUUCAGCACACCUUAAAGACUGUCAAUUAUAAUGAAUUACUUUAUAAUUUUGUAUAUUUGUAUCGAGAUGAUUCAUGCGGGUUAUGAAGGUAGCGAACAUUACAGGAAGUGUGUUAGCGGGUUAUGUAUUUGUCCUGCAAUGUCGCUACCGUCAUAUCCGGAAUGAAUAACCAAAGAAAGCAUUUUAUUGUUUAA